AUGGAGACCCUUUCGCAGUACCAGGAGUUGAAGACGCGUUGCAGUUCGGGCAACCGCGUGGGAAGCAUCCCCCUGCCGCCGGUCUCGAGAAGGGAUGACCGCCGAUCAGCUGCCGCUCGAAGUGCCAGGAGCCCAUCGCAACGAGAUUGUUCCGAGCACAAGGCAGUGGACGCUGUUUCGCGGCGAACUGUUGAGCUGGGCGUGCUGUCGACGGGGCUCUUGGGAUGGAUUGGCCAGCAGUGGGCGGUGGCGGAUGCAGCAGGAAGUCGACAGGUGUUUAUGGACGUUGAGGUUGACAGGAAGGAAUUGGGGCGCAUAGUUGUGGAGCUGCUCGAUGGUGAAUCUGCCAUUGGUUGCCAAAGAUUUGCCGAUCUGGCAGUAGGGAUAGCAGGCGUGGGCUACCGAUUGUCCAAAUUUGAUGACCUUGCAGAUAACUUUAUACGGAAUGAGGGUGUGAGAAGGCUGACCUACUCUGCAACACAAGACUCACCCAUUGCUGGGGGCGACUCAGUCCAGGACCUGUUGGCAGAACUAGAGAAGAGCUCUCGUACCCACAACGAAGCUGGACUAGUCUCUAUCAUCGUCCGAGACGAUCGUGAAAGACAGAUAAAGGCCAGGUUGAUUGCGAAGGGUGGCAAGCUGGUAACUGUGGAGGAUGAAAUUGGUGCAAGACCACCAAAUGGCACAGCCUUCACGAUUACUACAGCACCUGCACCUGAACUUGAUGGCAAGAAUCUUGUCAUUGGACGAGUUGUAUCGGGCAUGAACAUAGUGAGAGAAAUUCAAGCCCUGCCAACAGUGACGCCAAACAGUGGCUCUCCAUUCUUCCAGGCGGCAAAAGCCAUCGGAGACAAACGCGCAGAUGUUGCCGAAUUGGGUUUCGGGCGCCCAUUUAACAGGAUCACAGUUAUGCGGGGUGGCGUAGUUUGA